CAACUGUUUUCUUAGCAUUUCUGCAUACACUUCUCUGCAUUUGAAAGGUCAGCAAGAAUAAAGCUGAAAUUUUUCCAGAUAAGUCUUCUUUUUCCCACAUUAUGUUCUUUAUGCUUUGAUUGAAUUUCACUCCAUCAGAACCCAAAAAAAAAAAAAAAAAAAACAGAAAACAAAAAGCAAAAAUCUUUGUUCAUUAAACGAGUUGUUUGCAGCCGAAUCCUUAGGUACUUCUAGUUGAUCUCUUCAUUUCCUUUGUUACCUCAGUUGGGAUUUGUCUAGGGUUGCGUAUUUAGCUGCAAUAAAUCCUUAUCUGAAAGAAGGGAAGCCCCUAAAAAAAAAGAAGAAAUUAUUGGUUUUCUGUUGUGUGAUUCUUGUUUUCUGCUGUAUAUUCAAGAUUCAAGAAUAGCAUUUUGUGUUUAAGGGUGUUAAAAAGAUUCAGUCUUUUAGGUUAAUUCCUUGUCAUUGAAGAAUUACUUUGGUUGUCUGGGAUUUAUUAUCAGUACUGGUUUUGAUUAGUUUGAUGUUUCAGUAGUAACGAAUCUGGGGUGGUUUUGUAUGUGAAGGAUUGGGAUUUGGUAAGGUUAUCCUCAGAGUGGUUUGGCAUUGGAUUUAGUUCAAAUCUGUUGUACUUAUUAGGCAAUUUGAGCUUCUGAAAGUUGAAUCUUGGGGGGUUUAAUAUGGGGAAGCAAGGCGAAAAGGUGAGAAAACCAAUAGGAGCUAAAUCUGGUGGUUCUAAUGUGAAGAAAAACAAAGGUAGUGUGAAUAGCACAAGGUUGUAUGAUAAGGACACAGCUGUGUUCAUUUCGAUGUCCCAGGAAUUGAAGUACGAGGGGAAUAGGUUGUUUCAGCAAAGGGAUUACGAGGGGGCGAUGUUCAAGUAUGAGAAAGCUAUCAAAUUGCUCCCAGGAAACCAUAUAGAUGUGUCCCACCUCCGGAGCAAUAUGGCUGCUUGUUAUAUGCAGAUGGGGUUGAGUGAAUAUCCUCGGGCAAUUCACGAGUGUAAUUUGGCUCUCGAGGUUACCCCCAAGUAUAGUAAGGCGCUUUUGAAGAGGGCUAGGUGUUAUGAGGCUUUGAAUAGGCUCGAUUUGGCACUGAGAGAUGUUAGUAGAGUGUUGCAGAUGGAACCGAAUAAUCUUAUGGCUACUGAGAUUGCAGACAGGGUGAAGAAGGCUUCAUUUGAGCAAAAAGGCGUCGGGCAAAAUGAGGUUUCCAUAGAUUUGAUUCCAGUACCUGAGUAUGUUGAACCGGUUUUCGUCUCAAGCUCUUCAAAAGCUUCUAAAGAGAAGGCGAGAAAGGUGAAAAACAACAAAAUAGAUAGUGUUGAGGAGGAGGAGGCCAAGAACAAGAAAGUUGAAAAUGGAGUUGUUGAAACCAAAUCCGGAGACAAAAUUGGACAAAAGAAGGCUAAGAAUAAGAACGAGGAAAAGAGAGACGAGUAUGGAUUUGAUGAAAUGAAUCCCGAAGAAGAGGUGAAAGUAGGUGACGACAAAUUAGAAGAUGGAGUUCAUCUUGAGAAGGCUAAAAUCAAGAAUGUAGAGAAGGCCAAUAACAAAGCAGUCGUGAAUGGAGUUCACGAAACAAAUGCUAAAGGCGAGAGCGAAGAAAAGAAGUCUGAGGACAAAGAGAUGGAGAAGAAAGAUGAGUACAGCGACGAGGAGAGAAAAACUGAAGAUAAGUUGGUGGUUGAAGAAAUGAAAAGUAACAGAAACAGCUUGGAAGAACAGCCCAGAAGAAUGGUGAAAUUGAUAUUUGGUGAAGACAUAAGAUGGGCCCAAAUUCCUAUUAACUGCACCAUUUUGGAACUGAGGGAGAUUAUACGUGAUCGGUUCCCAAGUUCGAAAUCCAUUCUAAUUAAAUAUAGGGACCAAGAAGGCGACUUAGUGACAAUCACAACAAACGAGGAGUUAAGGUGGGCAGAAGCAUCUGUUGAGCACAGUUCUGUGAGGCUAUAUAUCGUAGAUGUUAAUCCAGAUCAAGAUCCUUUCUUUGAGAAGGAUUGGGAACAAAAUCACGUUCAAGAAUUGCAGAAUGGACCACCUUGUAUUGAUGAUUGGAUCAUUCAUUUUGCUCAUCUGUUCAAGAAUUACGUUGGAUUUGAAUGCGAUACUUAUCUGGAUCUGCACGAAGCUGGAAUGGAGCUCUACUCCGAGGCUAUGGAAGAGACAGUCACAAGCGAAGAAGCUCAAGAUCUUUUCCUUAUAGCUGCAGAAAAGUUCCAGGAAAUGGCUGCUCUCGCUUUGUUCAAUUGGGGCAAUGUUCACAUGUCUCGGGCAAGGAAACGAGUUUACAUAACCGAGGACAAUUCAGGAGAAUCUGUUCUCGAACAGGUAAAAUGUGCCUACGUUUGGGCACAAAAGGAGUACUCAUCUGCAGGAAGAAGAUAUGAAGAAGCGUUGAAGAUCAAACCGAACUUCUAUGAAGGCAUUCUUGCUCUCGGGCUUCAACAGUUCGAACGGGCAAAACUCUCUUGGUACUAUGCAAUUAGCACUAAUGCCGAUAUGGAAUCAUGGCCUUCCACAGAAGUAUUUCAACUUUACAACAACGCUGAGGAAAAUAUGGAAAGAGGUAUGCAGAUGUGGGAGGAAGAGGCGGGGCAACAUCACAACGAACUGUCCAAAUCGAGCAAAACGCAAACCCUCUUGCAAGAAAUGAAGAUGGAGCAUUUGUUUAAAGAUAUUUCUACAGUUGAAGUUGGAGAACAGGCUGCAAACAUGAGGUCUCAGAUAAAUCUUUUGUGGGGUUCCAUGCUCUACGAAAGAUCCAUAAUGGAGUUCAAACUCGGGUUGCCUGUCUGGCAAGAAUCUUUAGAGGUUGCAGUCGAAAAAUUUGAACUGGCUGGAGCUUCCCCAACCGAUAUUGCUGUUAUGGUAAAGAGUCAUUGUUCCAACACCACCGCUCCAGAAGGCCUAGGAUUCAAUAUUGACGAGAUAGUACAAGCAUGGAACGAGAUGUACGAGGCAAGAAGAUGGCAGAGAGGCGUUUCAUCUUUCCGUUUGGAACCAUUGCUUAGACGACGAGUUUCCAAACUCUAUCAUACCCUUGAACUUGCAUGAGCUUGUGUCAUUGAUAAUAAUGGGUACGAGAGAGUAUAUGGGUUUAUAAGGCCAUGGGUUCGACUAACUGAUUGACUGGAUAUAGUCUUUUGGUGUGUUUUGGCCCAUAACACCGCUUCUGCAGGUCUUCAAUCUGCAUCACCCGUUGGCUUACAUCUUUUUCCCGUGGCCCUUUGAAUUCGUUAUGGCGAAUAUUUUACAGAUAUCACAAGAAAUCAUCAUUUUAUUCAUUUCUGGGUGAGAUGAGGGUAGCAGAGAUACUUUUUGUUUGUUUCUGCAUCAUCAUCAUCAUCAUCUUACCCUAUUCAUUGCAUCCAUUUCAGACAGGCAACAGAAGAUUGUUCUUACAUUCUAAUCACAUAUAUGUUUUCAUUUUGCAUUUUUUUAUAGGAAAUUUUAGUUGGUUUGUAAUGGUUUGUGUGAUUUAGCAGAUUAUAGUUUUAUAGGAAGGCAGUCUUAUAUAUAUAUACUGCAUUCUUUUGAUGUGC